UUUGUGUGUCUUGCGAUGGCUGAAUGAUGGCCCAGUACAACAACUCCACACCACACACCAUGGCUGCCAAAGACGAUCUCUACAGCAAAGUCACCCCCAGAAGAAACAGACAGCACCGAACGGGGACAAUCAAACACGGGUCGUCUCUGGAUAUCCUUUUAUCAAUGGGAUUUCCCAAAGCCAGGGCACAAAAAGCACUGGCAUCCACUGGCGGAAGAAGUGUCCAAGCAGCAUGUGACUGGUUGUUCUCUCAUGUGGGGGACCCAUUCCUUGAUGACCCCCUGCCUCGGGAAUAUGUCCUCUACCUGCGCCCCACCGGCCCCUUGGCUCAGAAGCUCUCUGAUUUCUGGCAGCAGUCGAAGCAGAUCUGUGGGAAGAACAAGGCUCACAACAUCUUCCCACACAUUACUCUUUGCCAGUUCUUCAUGUGCGAAGACAGCAAGAUUGAUGCGCUCAAUGAAGCCCUGCAGGCCACAGUGAUGCGAUGGAAAUGCAAAUUCCCUGCUCCCCUGCCUUUAGAACUCUACACGUCUUCGAACUUCAUUGGGCUUUUCGUCAAGGAGGACAGCGCUGAGGUCCUCAAGAAGUUUGCGGCGGACUUUGCUACAGAAGCUGCUUCUAAAGUGGAUGUGCAUGUAGAACCCCAUAAGAAACAGCUGCACGUGACAUUGGCCUACCACUUCCAAACCAGCCACUUGCCCACGCUGGAGAAAUUAGCACAGAACAUCGACGUCAAGCUAGGAUGCGACUGGGUCGCCGCAAUCUUCUCUCGAGAUAUAAGAUUUGCUAACCACGAGACACUGCAAGUGAUCUAUCCCUACAUCCCACAGAAUGACGACGAGCUUGAGCUGGUUCCAGGGGAUUUCAUUUUUAUGUCCCCGGUGGAGCAAACCAGCACCAGCGAGGGCUGGAUUUAUGGCACUUCCCUAGCGACCGGCUGUUCUGGGCUGUUGCCUGAGAAUUACAUCACGAAGGCAGACGAGUGCGGGACCUGGGUGUUUCAUGGAUCUUACUCGAUUCUGAGUACCAGUUCUUCCCCAUCCCCUCUAACCUUCAAUGACGGAGCUCUGGAAAGAAGACAGCAAGAAGAUCAAGGACCUGGGGACACAGGGCCACUCACGAUCAUCUGCCAGACAAUGCACCCCCUGAGAGUAACCAGCCAGCCAGGGCUUCAAAAACGAUGUCUUUUUGUCUGCCGGCAUGGGGAGAGAAUGGAUGUUGUGUUUGGAAAGUACUGGUUGUCCCAGUGUUUUGAUGCCAAAGGAAGGUAUAUGCGUACAAACCUGAAUAUGCCUCACAGCUUACCUCAAAGAAGUGGUGGUUUCAGGGAUUAUGAAAAAGAUGCACCAAUCACCGUGUUUGGUUGCACACAAGCAAGACUUGUUGGUGAAGCCUUGCUGGAAAGUAACACUGUUAUUGAACAUGUCUACUGUUCCCCGUCACUGCGCUGCGUACAGACAGCACACAAUAUUCUGAAAGGUUUGCAACAAGAAAAUAACCUAAAGAUUCGAGUAGAGCCGGGCUUAUUUGAGUGGACAAAAUGGGUCUCUGGUACCACAUUACCUGCCUGGAUACCCGCAGUGGAUUUAGCUGCAGCCAAUCUGUGUGUUGAUACAACCUACAGACCUCAUAUACCAGUCAGCAAGUUAGUGGUUUCAGAGUCUUACGACACGUACAUAAGUAGAAGCUAUCAAGUAACGAAAGAAAUCAUAAGUGAAUGCAAAGGCAAAGGAAAUAACAUUUUGAUAGUGGCUCACGCAUCGUCUCUGGAGGCCUGUACUUGUCAACUCCAGGGCCUCUCGCCUCAGAAUUCCAAGGACUUUGUACAGAUGGUCAGAAAGAUUCCAUACUUGGGGUUCUGUUCCUGCGAAGAAUUGGGAGAGACAGGUAUUUGGCAACUAACAGACCCCCCCAUCCUCCCUCUCACACAUGGACCAACUGGAGGCUUUAACUGGCGAGAGACCUUACUACAAGAAUAGGCAAAGCUAAACUUACAAACAAACAAAAAAUGGCCUUUCUAAGCAUUGGAGAAUGUCUCUUAUUUCUUGUGUUUAAUGACAGUGGGAAAAAAUAUUCGUAACAUUUUAGGUGAAUCAUUCACAAAAACAUUCUAGCAUAUCACCUAUAGAGUCACAUUCGUGCAAAAAGUUCUCAUAUGUAAAACUAGGCGAAUAUAAGAAAGGGCUUAAUUGAUGGAAGAAUAUAACUAUAUGUCCAGGCUUCUGCACUGCAGGAAAUGUCUAUGUUAUCUAAGGCUACAUAGCCUGGAUAUAUUUUUCAUCUUGAACUGAACUCAGACAACACCGCCUUCUGCACCAUGUUAGUGACAACUAGGACUGUGUGAAAAUUGUGAAUUUUGGGUCUUUUUCAUUUGCAAACUUUUGCAGAACAAAUAUUUGCAAUUUUGUUCUGGGCUAUGUUGGCACCUUCCCCGUUACUCCCAAAUUUUGCUAAAUAGCAGUUUCGUGUUCCCCCAAAAUAGCUACACUCAAUGUGUUCCAUAAGAUAUUCUGUCUCAUCUCCAGGAGGAAGGGAAUUCUCUAUUCCAAUUAUAGACUAGCAUGAAACUAUUCCUUUUCAUUACCAUAUUAGAUGCCUACAUAUUACACAGGUGGG